AUGUCGAGUCACAGUUCACCGUCACUGCGAGGCCUCCUCUCUAAUAACAGGAUCACCUUCGGGCUACUGCCAGGCCUCGGCAUCGUGAUAAUACUGCGCAUGGCCAUACAUCUCUACAGACCUGACAUUGAAGACGCCGAAAAUCGUGUCAGAGAUCACCCUUUUGAACAACUCUACGAUACAUAUGACUUCAUCAUAGUUGGCGCAGGAUCUGCUGGAUCAGUCUUAGCUAAUAGACUGUCUGAAAACCCAAACUGGAAAGUACUUUUGUUAGAAGCUGGACAAGACGAGAAUGUAUUAUCUGAAGUACCAGUUUUGUUCCCUGUGCUGCAAACUUCGUCUAUCGAUUGGCAAUUUCUAACUGAACCUAGUGACGGGUACUGCUUGAGUAUGGUCGAUAGGAAGUGCAAGUGGCCUCGUGGCAAAGUGCUUGGUGGUUCCAGUGUGUUAAAUGCUAUGCUAUACAUAAGGGGUAACAAACGGGACUACAAUAACUGGGAGCGUAUGGGGAAUUCAGGAUGGGGGUACGAUAGUGUGCUACCAUACUUUCUAAAAUCAGAAGAUAUAAGGAUCCCUGAACAUCAAAACGAUCCAUAUCACAGGACUGGUGGCCCACUUACAGUUGAGUACUUCGCUUACGAGCAUCCGAUUACUAGGAACAUUUUGAGAGCCGGAGAGCAGUUUGGAUACAAGAUCCGCGACGUAAAUGGAGAAUUCCAAACUGGUUUCACCCGGUCUCAAGCAACAGUGCGCGAUGGUCUUCGUUGUAGCACCGCGAAAGCAUUUUUACGACCCUCAUCAAAGAGAGAGAAUCUCCAUGUAAGUGUGCAUUCACUAGUAGAAAAAAUACUUAUAGACGAGCAAAAUAUUGCUUACGGAGUUAUGUUCAGGAAACAUGGACAAGAACGUAUCGUGAAGGCAAGCAAGGAAGUCAUAUUAUCUGCUGGAGCGAUACAGUCUCCACAGUUAUUGAUGUUGUCUGGAGUAGGGGACGCGGAUCACUUGAAAGACGUUGGAAUACACCCGAUAGUCAAUCUUGUUGGUGUUGGGAGGAAUCUGCAAGACCAUAUUGCUAUGGGAGGUCAUUCAUUCCUUUUUGAUAAUCCCUACAAGAAUGGAACACCUUAUUGUUUUAAUCUACCUGAAGUCUUAACAGUAGCAAGUCUUGUAGACUUUAGCGUUCAUAAGACUGGUCCGCUGUACAGUAUGAUGGAGGCUGAAGCGAUGGCGUUUGUGAAUACUAAGUAUCAAGAUCCGAGUGAAGAUUAUCCAGAUAUACAGCUAUUUAUUGCUCCUACUGCUGAUAAUUUGGAUGGGGGUUGGUUUGGUAAGCGAGCCAAUGGAUUAACUGACGACACUUACGCAGCACUUUAUGAAGACAUUCUGUACGAGUCCUCGUUUUCCAUUGUGCCUUUGUUACUGAGACCAAAGAGCCGUGGAUACUUGAAACUAAGAGAUGCAAACCCUAAUUCCCCACCAAUGAUUUACCCGAACUAUUUCAGUGAUCCACAAGACAUCAAAGUUUUGGUUGAAGGCGCUAGAAUAGUUCAAGACAUUGUGAAUCAGCCGGCUCUACGAGAGCUGAAUGCUCGACCGAACCCUCGUCGGAACCCUGGCUGUGCUGGCCAUGAGCUCAUGUCCGAAGAACACCUGGAGUGUCAAGCACGCCAUCAUUCCCUCACGAUAUACCAUCCAGUAGGCACCUGUGCUAUGGGCCCACCUGAAGAUCCUGAAGCUGUUGUUGAUUCUCGAUUAAAGGUAUACGGGAUCAACGGACUUCGAGUAGUAGACGGUAGUAUAAUGCCGACGAUUGUGAGCGGCAAUACUAACGCACCCAUCAUUAUGAUAGCGGAGAAAGCAGCAGACAUGAUCAAAGAAAAUUGGAACGAAAUAAUCCUUGAACCAGAGCCCGCAUACACUAUACCAGAACCCGUCGGUCAACAAACCUUGACUAUAGAAAACGACGAACCAACAAAAAUCCAGUUAAAAACCACACCAGACUUGUUUAACGAAACAAAAAGCAUAUUCCCAUCUCUUUUUAACUAUCCAGAACGAAAACAGGAGUAUGAUACUGAGACCCAAAUUGCUUUAAGAUCUUAUUCAACCGAAAAACCUUUGUUCACUGUAUUAUCUCAGAAAACAUGGCCCCCGAAUAUUCCACGACGUAAUUCGAGAGUUCGUCCACAAAAUCCUUUAAGGAAUUAUCUGUACGGUUCUCGAAGAAGAUUUAAUCCUUAUUAUCCACCAAAUGUUCCUAAGUAUGGUACUAACUAUGGGUUAUCCCGUCCUUUAUACCCUUAUCCACAAUUGGGUGACCAGUUUUACAAGAACUUCGGUCCAGAACCAAAUCCUUUGCAAUAUUAUGGGGGUGAUGGGGCUAAUUAUUAUGGUAGGGGUGAGACCAAGAUGUCGUGGGCGUGUGACCCGGCGUUGACCUCCAACAUCGUGAACAGCUACCAGACAGUUGGUCCGCUGUUCAUGCAAACUCUGCAGACAUUCUUCGCUGCUCAAUGUGCUUUGGUCGGAGACUACUUGUGGCCCGCAGACGCCAUCGACAAGGUCCUCGAAGACCCCUACUACGACUUCAUAGUAGUGGGAGCAGGGUCAGCAGGCUCAGCAGUCGCCCAUCGACUGAGUGAGGUCCCAGAAUGGAAGGUCCUGCUUGUGGAAGCUGGAGGCAACCCUACCUUGAACACCGAGAUUCCCCACCUGUUCUACAACAACAUGCGCAGUCCUCAAGAUUGGGCCUACAAGACUCAGCCUCAAGACGGUGCUUGCAGAAGUUACACAGCUAAGGGAUGUGCCUGGCCCCGUGGUAAGGCACUCGGUGGCAGCAGCAGUAUCAACUUCAUGUUCUACGUCAGAGGCAACAAAGCUGACUUCGACGAAUGGGCAGCUGAUGGUAACUACGGAUGGAGCUACGAUGACGUCCUUCCUUACUUCAUCAAGAGUGAGAAAUUCACUGGAGUUUACAACGAACAAAACAAGAAAUACCACAACUGGGAAGGUAACCUCAAUGUAGCCGUUGACAAGCAGUCCCACGACUUCGAGCACAUGAUCAUCAACGCCGCUGUAGAACUUGGAUUAAAGAACUCAAGUGAUAUCAACGGUGAGAGUCAAAUGGGAGUUAUGACCUCACAGACUACCACCAAGGACGGAACGAGGUUCAGUACCGCUCGUGCCUUCUUGAACCCAAUCAAGGACAGGAAGAACUUCCACGUCAUCAAACACGCGCAAGCCACCAAGGUCCUGUUCGUGCCUGGAACCAACAUUGUUAGCGGUGUCAUGAUUCACAAAGACGGAAAGGACAUCGUUGUCAACGUUAAGAAAGAAUUGAUCCUGUCUGCUGGUGCCAUCAACUCACCACACAUCUUGCUGCUCUCUGGUAUUGGACCCAGGAAGCACUUGGAAGACAUGAAAAUCGAAGUUAAGGCUGACUUGCCUGUUGGAGAAAACUUACAGGACCACUUAUUCGUCCCCACUUUCUACACUAAGCCUGGUGACAAAAACUACUACUCUAUCGAAACCAUUGUCAAGAACUUCGCUCAAUACGUCUUGGAAGGCACUGGUCCUCUGAUCAACACUAGCCCUAACCGUGUCAUCAGUUUCGUGAACACCACUGACCCAGAAUCACCUGCCUCCGACAUGCAGUUCCACUACUUCGUCCUGCCUCCUGGUGUAUACAACGUGCUUGACAUUUUCCAGAAGCACGGAUUAAACGAUGAGGCCUACACUAAGUUCAAGAAAAUGAACGAAGACAAAUUCACUUUGGUGAUCUUCAACACUUUGUUGAAGCCUAAAUCUGCCGGUAAGAUCCUGUUGGCUAGCAAGAACCCAUUCGAGGCUCCUCUGUUGUUCGCUGACUACUACAAGGACCCCGAAGACAUGGCUACUGUUAUCAGAGCGAUGAAACAGCACUCUCUGAGACUGGGUGACACUAAGGCUCUUAAGGAGGCUGGUUUCAAACUUGACUGGUUGGACAUUGACGCUUGCAAGAAGUUCGACAAGAACAGCGACGACUACUUGGACUGCAUCUCUAGGGAGUUGACCUUCUCCUUGUACCACCCGACCAGUACCGCUAAGAUGGGACCUGAUGGUGACGAGACAUCAGUCGUCGACCCCGAGCUGAGAGUACGCAAAGUCAAGGGAUUGAGAGUGAUUGAUGCCAGUAUCAUGCCCUCUGUUGUAAGAGGUAACACCAACGCGCCUUCCAUCAUGAUUGGUGAGAAGGGAGCUGACAUGAUCAAGAAGUUCUGGUUGAACAAGCACACCGAACUGUAA